AUGCCGGUCUUCCACACAAAAACCAUCGAGAGUAUCCUCGAGCCCGUGGCCCAACAAGUAUGUUUUGUUUGAUAUGCAUGUUAUGUUAUGUUUACCACUUUUGUUUACUUUCGGUUUGGCUUUUGUAUGUUGCGCUUUUUUGAGUAAAGUUAGUGUUUUUUUAAGUUUUUAAAUUAUAUGUUUUAGGUUGAUUUUUUUAUUUUUUAUGUUUUUCUGCCAUUUUGAAGGUAUUAAUUACUCCAUCGAAAUACUUAGUACUUUAUCUUUUACGUAUGUUUAAAGUAUCUGCUUUAUGAGAUAGAAGCAGCUGCCUUUAGGCCUGGAUAAACGACCUUUUUAUAAAUUCAGUUCGUUUGUUUCGGAAACCGGUAAACAACAAAAUGACCUAUGAAGUGUCCGUAAUUCACAUAGUGACCUAUAAUUAUCCUUAUCUGCACCCAAAUGACAUUAAAUCUUGCACCAAGUAACGUAUACAUUGCCCUAAAUGCACAUUUAUCCCACUUUAAGCUCCACUUGGCAUUGUCUGCCGCGCAAAAGAUAAGCGGUCGAUCCGAGUCCCGACUAGAGAACGACGACGAUGUACGAUCAAUAGUGUCGCUUCAGUUCCACAAACACAGCUACACGCCUCAAAGCGGGUAUGGAGAAGCCUGUGCUGUCUGCCGAUUGCUUUUGUCUGAGAGUACUGCUUUUGUAUGUUUAAAGUGCUUGCAACUUCUGUGCUGUCCUUUCCUUCUACCGCUGUGACACUUCUGAAUUGCUUUCGUUAAGGUGUCUCGGUUAGUCAUUCUCCACGAAGAAGCCGAAGAUGGAAACCCCAUGCCGGACCUCACUCGUCCGGUCAGAGCUGUCGCUCGAGCCGUCGACAACUUGAUCAAGGUAAUCGAAUUAACUCAUUUGAACGAAUGUUCUCUGUAUAAGUUGCAGUCGACAGAUACAGAAGAUAAAACAAUGAUAGAUUUUACUUACAUUCCGGUUUUAGGUCGGAUAUGACACAUGUAAUUCCUCGGAAGAUCCUAUCCUGAAACAAGACAUGCCUCCAGCUCUUCAGCGUGUCGAGGUCAGCUCGAGAAGUCUGGAGGACUCGAGUCAGAUGCUCAUAUCUGAUCCUCACUCAAGUCCAGCUCGUAGAAAGUUGAUCGAUGGCUCUCGUGGUAUUCUUCAAGGCACUUCAGCUUUAUUGUUGUGCUUCGAUGAAUCAGAAGUCAGAAAGAUCAUCAGAGUCUGCCUCAAGGUGUUGGACUACUUGGCUGUAGCUGAAGUUAUCGAGAGUUUCGACGACUUGACACCAUUUGUUAGAGUAUGUACUUCGGAUUCUUUUGUUUAAUUUUUUAUUUAUUUUAACAUACUUAAUAUACAAAACCCUUCUCAUCUCCCAAUUCAGGACCUCACCCCAUGGUUAACUCGUAUGUCACACCACAUUGAUGACCGUGAGAAAGAGUUGACCCACGUUGUCCACCGUGAGAUCCUGAUCCGUUGUAUGGAUCAAGUGAAAUCUUUGGCUCCAAUUCUGAUUUGUGCCAUGAAGAUCUACGCCCAAAUCGCUAGCGAAAGACAACCAGGUCAGCCAGAAGCCGCUGAAAACAGAAACUACCUGGCUCAGCGAAUGACCGACGAAGUCAACGAAAUCAUCCGUGUCCUUCAACUCACGACCUACGACGAGGACGAAUGGGACAACGACAACGUCACCUACAUGAAGAAGGCUUUGAGUGCCGCUCAAUCAUUGCUGUCGGCCGCCCUCGACUGGCUAGGUGACCCGAACGCCAAGCCAGGCCAAAUUGGAGAGAAGGCUAUCCGCCGAAUUCUGGAGUACGCUGAGAAGAUUGCUUCCAGAUCGUUGCCAGAAGACCAAACUGGAAUCCGUUACCUGGCUAGCGAGAUCCAAAGUCUCACCGACCAAGUUUGUCAGCUCAGAAACACUGGCAGAUACGACAACCAGAAUCUGGCCGGACAGUGUGCACAGAAGUUGCGUGAUCUUGUUGGCACCAAGGAAAGCCAAGGAAUCCUUCCUUACGCUAUGCUCAACAGCCAGAAAGCAGGAGGCGGUCAACCAGCCCACACAACUGGGGGACGUCUCGACCAAGCCCUGCGUUGGUUGGAUGGAGCCGAUGACGGAGGAGUCGGUAGGUUGCCUUUACAGUGUUAGAAGGCGUUACAACAACUUUUAAAGAAGAGAACCAAUCCUAGUCUUAAUGCUUAUGUUUUAGGUCUUGCCGCCAUCAGAGAAUUAUGCAACGAUGCCAGAAAGCUGGCCGACCAACUUAGUCCAGCCGACCGUUCUCGUCUCCACAAUCUUUUGGGCAACAUUGACCGCUUCGCUAGCCAAUUGGCCGAUCUUGAGAAGCGCGGCCUUGGCAACACUCCAGAAGCUCACGCUCUACGUCGUCAACUCAGAGACCAUCUUAAGGAGCUGGCUAGUCUCAUGAACAAGGUCUUGACCGACCGCGUUGUUGAAGACUUUGCCGACAUCACAACUCCUCUCAAACAGUUCGUUGAGGCUGUUUACACGCCACAGGGAACAGCUGGGCGCGAAGAGAACUUCCACCAAAAGGCUGGCAACCUUCAACACCACGCAACUUCUUGUGCAAACACAGGCCGCCUCGUGGCUAAGUGUGGCCCGUGUAAGAACAAGAAGACUAUUGAAGGCCUGAUUGACGCCGCUGACAAGGUAAAUGAUAACAUAAGUCACAGACGCUUUACAAUAGGGACAGUUUUUAGAAAAUUAGAUUCCCAUUUGUCAAGAAAAACUUAUAAUGACUAUUGUAGGUAACACAAAUGACUCCUCAAGUCGUCAAUGCCGGUAAGAUCCGUCUGAACAAUGCCAGCCAAGACGUCGACCAGCACUUUGACAACUUGCGCAGAGAGUACGCUGAUGCAUUGACUCGUCUCCGUGACUUCGUUGAUGACGCCAUUGAGACCGGCGACUUCGUCAGAGCUUCUGAAGGCGCCAUGAGAAGAUACACCAACCACUGUGAAGACGCGAUUAGCCAGAACCAACCACAGUCCAUGGUCGACAACACCAGCCAGAUCGCUCGCCUGGGUAACCGUGUCCUGAUGGCGGCCAAGAAUGAAGCCGACAACUCGGAAGAGCCGUCUUUUGUAAACCGUGUCAACUCGGCCGCUUCUCAACUUCACUCAGGUUGGUUUUUUUUUGUUCGAGGAUAAGGUUUCCGGAUGCUUUUUUAAUCCGACCCCCCGCCUUUAACCUGUCGAAUGUCUAAAAAACAAACAACAAAGUCCUCAUACAUUAGCUGAGGACGUAAUGACAUCCCUCCCCCUUUCUUGAUCUCCUUGUCUCUUCCCGACGUUCCACAGUUCGAUAUUAUCCCCCACUAUAGCAAUGUAUUCUGAUUACUAUUACUCGCCUACUAUGUACGUUACAGCGAUCCCGCCCAUGGUAAAUCACGCCAAGCAAGUGGCUUUGAAUCCACGCGACCAGAACGCUGCCAAUAGAUGGCGCGACGUCAACGACGAGUUGUUGAACGCCGUUCGCUCGGUCGGUGACGCUAUCACCGGAGUGCCCAGUGUCCACUCUCAAGUCAACCACCACCAGGUCAAUGCCCAACCACCCCCACAACCACAGCAAUCAUACUAUCAACAACAAAGCAGACAACAGUCCGCCACGCCCAGCUUCCCCACCAACUCGUACAACGUGCUACAAGACGUACAGGCUCGCGGACCAUCACAAGAUAUUGUUCACAACAGAGUCAUCGUCAGAGAAGAGAUUCCAGCUCCACCUCGACCGCCUCCACCAGUUGAGAUCAGCCCUCCACCACGACCACCACCACCUCCAGAAGUCGACGAAGAAGAGGAAACCAGAGCCUUCUGGGAACGAUACCCUCUGCCAACUGCUUCAGGUAUUCUCAGUGCUGCCCAUAACCUACAUCAAGUAAGUUAUUAACCUACUUCAUAGAUUUGCGAUCAAAAAGUAGAAAGAUGAAUAAGUACUAUAAUAUAUUUACAGGAAUUGAGGCAAUGGUCAUCACAAGAGAACGAGAUCGUCGCUGCUGCCAAGCGUAUGGCCAUCCUCAUGGCUAGACUCUCCCAACUGGUAAGAGGAGAGGGUGGAACCAAGAAGGACCUCAUCGACUGUGCCAAAGCUAUUGCCGACUCUUCUGAAGAAGUGACUAGACUAGCCGUCCAACUGGCUCGGCAGUGUACCGACAUCAAGAUGAGAGUGACACUUUUACAAGUGUGUGAACGUAUUCCAACCAUCGCCACCCAGCUCAAGAUCCUGUCCACUGUCAAAGCUACCAUGCUCGGCUCACAAGGUAAGAUAAGAUUAAAAAAGGAGUACUAUUUUUUGUAAAGAAAGCUAGUGUAAAUGAAAAUGAUACCUAAAAUGUGUUGAAGAAAGUAAUACCUAAAUUCCCUUUUCAGUGGUUAUCGGUCCCUACGGCCAGCCUAUUGACGGUAAAUUUAGAGUGCAGUUAAAAGUUGAAUGUCCUCUUACUAUAUCGUCCUAACUUUCCCUUGGGCUGACAUUCUUGUGAAACUAACUUUACAUAACACAAUGUCCGAGUGAUUUGUUCCAAUCUUAACAUGAACAACAUUAUCAAAUGUUUUCAGGCACUGAAGAAGAUGAGGAAGCCAUGCAACAACUGGUCCUCAACGCUCAGAAUCUGAUGCAGUCCGUGAAGGACACCGUCAGAGCCGCCGAAGCCGCUUCCAUCAAGAUCAGAACCAACUCAGGUCUCCGUCUCCGCUGGAUCCGAAAGCCAAUGUGGUCCAACUUCUAA